UCCUUGUCUGGGUCCCCUCCCAUGAGUACUCCAAGGCUGCUGCCUGCUUGCUCCGGCUGCUGCUGUCGCCGCUCUGGCCAUUUUGCUCGGGAGGCAGCAAUGAAGAGGUAGCAACAAUCGCCCCAAGACGGCGGAGACAGGGAGAGCAGCACACCCAGAAGGCUAAGAGCCAGGAAGAAUAACAUCGACAUAAAGCGAGAGAUUUUCUUGCAAGCUUAUGCUCUGUUUGCAAACGGUUUGGAGGGGUGCCUGCCUCUUUUGGGAGGUGGCUGGGGAAGGAAAAAGGGGUCCGGACCCCCCAGCGUUGGAAAUUGCGCUCAGCGUUUCCGCCAGGACCAGCCCCCUCGCCCACCCCUAGCUGGAGCCAUGAGCUGGGGGACCGAGCUAUGGGAUCAAUUUGACAACCUUGAAAAACACACGCAAUGGGGUAUCGACGUUCUGGAGAAAUACAUCAAGUUUGUAAAAGAGAGGACAGAAAUUGAAAUCAACUAUGCAAAGCAACUUAGGAAUCUUUCGAAGAAAUACCAGCCCAAAAAGAACUCCAAAGAAGAAGAUGAAUACAAGUAUUCGUCCUGUCGCGCCUUCUUAGCCACUUUGAACGAGAUGAAUGACUACGCCGGGCAACACGAGGUCAUUUCGGAGAACAUGACCUCUCAAAUCACCACUGAGCUGGCCCGCUACGUGCAAGAGUUGAAGCAAGAGAGGAAAACGCACUUCCAUGAUGGCCGCAAAGCGCAGCAGCACAUUGAGACCUGCUGGAAACAGCUUGAAUCGAGUAAAAGAAGGUUUGAACGGGAUUGCAAAGAAGCCGACAGAGCGCAGCAGUAUUUCGAAAAGAUGGAUGCUGAUAUCAACGUAACAAAAGCGGAUGUCGAAAAGGCGCGGCAGCAAGCCCAGCUCCGUCAUCAGAUGGCAGAAGACAGCAAAGCCGAAUACUCGUCCACGUUGCAGAAAUUCAAUCAGGAACAGCAUGAACAUUAUCACUCGCAUAUACCCAACAUUUUCCAGAAAAUACAAGACAUGGAAGAGAGGAGGAUAGUCAGGAUAGGCGAAUCCAUGAAGACCUUUGCAGAGGUGGACCGGCAAGUCAUCCCCAUCAUUGGGAAGUGCCUGGAUGAGAUAACAACAGCGGCGGAAUCCAUAGAUCAGAAGAAUGAUUCCCAGUUGGUCGUAGAAGCCUUCAAGUCCGGUUUUGAGCCUCCGGGUGAAGUUGAUUUCGAGGACUUCACCCAGCCAAUCAAGCGAACGGUCUCCGAGUCCAGCCUUUCAAACUCCAGAGAAGGCAAAUCGGAAUCUAGAUUCAGCACCAAGUCCAAGGGGAAGUUGUGGCCGUUCAUUAAGAAAAAUAAGCUUAUGUCCCUUUUAACAUCCCCCCAUCAGCCCCCUCCCCCUCCCCCUUCUGCCUCGCCCGCUGCUGCUCCCAAUGGCCCCCACUCUCCCAAGCAACAGAAGGAACCCCUCUCCCAUCGCUUCAACGAGUUCAUGACCUCCAAACCCAAAAUCCAAUGCUUCCGGAGCCUAAAACGCGGGCAACAGUCUCAGUCUUUGUAUUUUCACAAAGAGUUCAUGAAGAGGACUUUAGGGAAGCCCACGUAUGCCCUUGAGGCUAGAGAAUACGUUCUCUCUCUCAAGCUGAUAACUUUGAAUAUGCAGGUCUGGAAUCUAAUGGAGGGUGGUGGCCCGGAGGAUUUCAGCAAUCUGCCCCCUGAGCAAAGGCGAAAAAAACUCCAGCAAAAAGUGGACGAGCUGAACAAGGACAUCCAGAAGGAGCUAGAUCAAAGAGAUGCCUUAACAAAAAUGAAAGAUGUCUAUAUCAAGAACCCACAGAUGGGAGAUGCGGCCAGUGUGGAUCUCAAGUUGGGCGAGCUUGCACAAAACCUGGAGAGGCUGAGGCUAGAAGUGCAGAAGUUUGAGGGCUGGCUAGCCGAGGUGGAAGGCCGGUUGCCUGCACGGACUGACACGACACGCCGUCAGAGCGGGAUGUACGAGCCUCAGAACACCUUGACGGUCAAUAACUGCGCCCAGGAUCGCGAAAGCAGUCCGGAUGGCAGUUACACAGAGGAACCGAGCCAGGAGAGUGAGAUGAAAGCGCCAGCGCCAGAAUUCGACGACGAGUUUGAUGAUGAGGAGCAGCUGCCCACCAUUGGGACGUGCAAAGCUCUGUAUACCUUUGAAGGUCAGAACGAAGGAACCAUUUCGGUCACGGAAGGGGAAACGCUCUACGUCAUCGAGGUAGACAAAGGUGACGGCUGGACGCGGAUCCGGAAGAACGAAGACGAAGAAGGCUAUGUCCCCACCUCCUACGUUGAAGUCUUUUUGGAGAAGAAUGCCAAAGAUUCCUAAAAGUGUUGGUUGCUGAUGACAAGCGCCUCGGGGCGAGCUGGGCACAGGAGAAACCAAUGGUCUGGUUUUGAUUUUGAUUUUUUUUUUUUACAAAAAGCACCCUAUUCCCACGAGGGUUUGCUUUUUGUUAAAGCCUCUGUUACAUGAGACUCCCCCAUUUUGAAACGGACCCAGCAUAAAACUCUUGUUCUGAAACUGCAUCCCAUUCUGGCUCCCGACAUCACCAUUGCUUGCUAAAACUGUCCGGCAUGGCACCUGCUGCAUCAAACUAACCCACUCUCCUCUCCCUCUUCCACCGCGGGGUUUGGCUAGGGUCUCUUAAUGGGGAACAGAACCAAAAACCUUCCCGGCGUUUAUUUUUCCAACAAAUGGGUACAGGAUUGCACCCUGAGCUGUGCAACCGCCUCAAGGCUGGUGCAAGCAACCAGGUGCCGAAUUUGCCCAUUUAGAUUAGCUAGUGAGCAGACACAGUGGCGAGCAAACCAUCGCUAUGAGGACCGUGUUCCCCCGUUACACUGCACACAGCGGUCCCAUGCAGACGUUGUGUUUUGUUAGGCCUACGUGAAAAUAUUUGGGGCGUACACCUAGGCAACAGUGUAAUGUGUGAAGGGACACCCUCCUCCCGCAGGAACCAAACCAGCAAUUGAGCUGGUGCAUGCCAGUUGCUCAGAAAAAAACCUUUUCAGAAAAAACUGGAUGGUUUGUGGUGUCUUUGCACCAUAAAGCAAGCCAGUCCUUCCUCAGAUGGCUCUUGUUCCAGAGGGUCUUGUGUCUUUCCCUAGUUUCCGCUCUUAGGGAUUGCAUUUGGUUUUCCUCCUGUCCCUACAGCGGGCAGCCCUUUUCCUUUAGUCCAGAGGUAGAUUUGUUCUGUUUCUUUGCCCAUCAUCAAGGAUUUAUCGGAGAGCCCCAGAGUGCUUGCUGGGGUCUGGAGCAUGCUAUCACUCAGCUGACAACAGGUUGUUUUUUUUAAAUAGAUAUGCCUGUCAGCCUGGGGCUCUUCCCCUGGCAGAAGCCUCACCAAAGCCCCCUUUUGCAAAACCCCCGCCUACCUGUACGCCCAACAUUGAUGUGCCUACGCAUGCUUCUUGCCAGCCAGCCAGUUUUCUGCAGACCUCUGUUUCUGCCGUCUCUCCGCCCGCAUGCUCGCCCUGUUGCCUUGCCUGCGCCCACCUUUUUUUAAAAAAGGUGCUCAUUUUUAAUCUCUCUGCUGUUCUUAAUUUAUUUGGCUCUUCUGUUUAGCAGCUCAAGACCAUCCCUGCUCCUUCUGCAUGCUGUCUUCUCCUGAUCUUGCAUUUAUUUAUUUCUGUUUUUCCCAAACGCUGAAGCAAAAUUGCACUCCAGUUCAUUUCCCCCCUCCCUCCCUCCCUCCCUCCCACUUCCCCUCCCAUCUUUACUAGAACAUCGUAGCCCAGCACUUGGGGUCUGUUUCUAAUUCCCUUUUCAGUGACAUGACCGGGUCACGCUGGUGAGGCUGCAAUGUCACUUCCAACAACACACCGCCGUGGGUGACUGGUGAGAGGUGGUUUGCUUGCUGCAUAAACGUCACAAACUUUGGGUUUUGAACUCAUGCCUUCCUCUGCCAAAGGCCUGCAGGUCUUGAAUCAUGUGGAGCCCAGUAAAGCUCAUUUCGACAGUGGCUGGCGGAUCACCGAAAGAGUCCACCCCGUGUGUUUCAAGUGUAUUAUCAUAGGUAAAGGAAUAUGCUGGAGGAAAGGCCCAGCUCGCCUUCAACAGAACCAGAUCUAGUUCACACGCGCACACCGGUCACAUGGGGAACCAUUGUUACAUGCGAAUGGACCAUCACAGAUAAAACCACCACUGCUAGAACUUUCAUUAUCACCCCAGGCACAAUGCUUUUUCAAUGAAGGCCAUUUGAGGUCAACAAAUGCUGCGUGCGUGAGGUGGUGCAGAGAGCAGAUUUUAAGACUGAGAGGUUGAGUUCAAUGUCCAAGUACCAAACGCAACAUUGUGUUGGGUGAAUUAGAGCUGGUAAUCUGCCAAACUGGGAAGGCCCAUUGGCUCAGUGGUAGAGCACCAUCUUUCCAUGGAGAGCCGCUGCCAGUCAGCGUAGUGUAGGGCUGGGGAGGAGGGGGCUGUCCUGCUGUUCUUGGUGCCCCAGCUCCCUUCAGUCCCAGGCAGCAUGGCCAAUGAGCACGGGUGAUGGGAGUUGGAGUCCAGUAACAUCUGGAAUGCUGCGGGUUCGCCGCCCCUCAUGGGCACACCGAGCUAGAUGGGCCAAUGGUUUGAUCCUGCAAUUCAGGUCUGGGGAACCUUUGGUCCUCCAGCACUUGCUAAAUUACAACUCUCAUUGGCCUCCAGCAAGCAUGGCCAGGCAUGAUGAGAGUUGUAGUUCAGCAACAUCUGGAGGGCCAAAGAUCCCCCAACACCUGCUGUAAGUGAUAACUUCCACAUGUGUGCUCGUGCACCUCUAAUGCUUACCCAGAUCCUGAAAAUUUUCACUAGGGUUCUGCCUUUCCAAUCAGUAGCAAAAAGCUUAGGAAAGAUCUUCCUGUGUCACAGUUGGGAAUGGCAAAACUCCCUUCCUGUCUCCCUCUUGCAAGUUAAGGUAAUAAAACACUCUCUCUUCCUUUCGUUGCACAGGGAAGGUGGUGACUGGAAAGAUCCAUCCCCAGUCCCUGCCUGUGUGUAGCCAGGCAUUCAAACUUUGCCACAGCAGCCUGGGGCAAAAGCAUGUGCCACACUGCUGGGGUAAUGCAUAGGACAGAGCCCACUGAGCUGCCUAAAAUCUUCGUCACUUUCAGCAUGUCCUGCCCAAACUCAUAGAACUCGGACGUAGCUGUAGUUUUUUUCUUUUAUUGAAGAGAAAGUUUCAGUUCAAUGCGCUUCAUGAAUCUACCUAUGUAUUACUCGGAACUCAGCAUCCCUCUCUAGCUAACUAGGCACAAUUUGGUGGCCAUAAGAUGUCGACUCGGCGACUAACCCUUGUGCCCAGCUUAAAUAGGGCUGGGCAGGCUGCCUGCUUGCAUGUACCCCGAGUGACUGUUGGAGGCGGGCACGCAAGCGCAGACUCCUGAGCUGCGAUUGUUGAAUCUCUGGCCGCAUUCGCCUCCUGGACUGGGGCAAAGGAAGGGCCUUGGUCUCUGUCCCAUCCUCUCCCUCUGUGGGGGGGAGGGCUGUCCAGUGGUGGCGCAGGCACUGGAAGUGGCGCCUCAUCAGGUGGAGGGGUGUCAGGCGGGUCUGGUGGCCUCUCCAGGGGGGGUGUCUGAGACUGCUGGAGGUGACCCAUCAAUGUCCAGAGUGGGGGCCACUUCAUCAUCCCUCGGUGGGUCCUUCCCCAACUGGAACGUCCCAGUCCAAGUCCUCCGCGCUCCCCUCCUGCUCUUUGGUCCAUCCCCUGCUAGCAUGGCACACGACACAGUCAAAUGCUUGCUUCUAUGGAGCUGUAGGCUAUUAGCACUCCUUUCUGACAUCAGCAGGAAGGCCCACGCGGGUAUGAAGCCCACAGCGGAAGGCAGUGCCUACAGCUUUUUGGUUUCCAGUGGCAAUGUUCAUACCAUCCGUUCGUCCGGACAGUAAAAUAAGACAAUAGGAUCAGCUCCUUCUCCUGCAUUUUGGUGCCACUGAUGUAAGACUAAGAGAGAAAAGUCUGCUUUUCGAUAUACAGACACAUUACAUAAAUAUAUACAUAUAUUGAAGCUAGGCGGACAGUAUAUUAUUGUCACCCUACUGGGAACAUCUAAACAAUUGCAAUGUCCACAUGGCUUUGUCACACGCUAGGAGGAGCAUUGCUUCUGCCAGUAUAACUAGUCCGUGAAGAGACCAGUCCCGGAGUUUUUACAAACUGGCAGCUUCGUGGCAAAUUCCUGCUCCUCUGAGGAUGUGGCGACGGGACAAAAAACCCCAAACAUUUUAGCCACCUUGGAGUAAAAAUGCCGCCUCCUUUCUUGCUAGAUGCACAUUUCAGGGAAGUGAUGCCAGAGGCACUUUUCACAUCCUUACCUUAGCACAGAAUUGGCAGUCAACGAGGAAGGUGAAAAAUCGAUGUGUCCUAUUUUUUUUCUAGCAGCAGGACUGAUUUGCAGGCAUUGUGCCCUGUUCCAUUUAGUCAGUGCUUGUUUUGCCACUCGCUCCAGGCAUGAAAUUUGAGAAAACUCUUUAAAGCGGCAACAAUUUAAAGUAGGGGAACACGAGCUGGAGAGGUCACCUAUUGGCCAGCACCUGUGGCAUCACUAACCCACUUCCCUCCUUUUCCCCGAGAGAAUGUGUGUGUGCAUGCGUCUAGUUUGGAGUACGGUGAUAAAAACUGAGAAUGGACACACAUACAAAUAAGUGGAUGUGACCCUUUAAAUAUGCUUAAAGAAAAAAGUUGACUGUUCUCAAGUGGAUCCAGCCUUUGAGUCAAUACAGAUUCAGAAUGUAUGUUCAUAAAGCAAGUUGUGAAGUCAGGGGGUGCCAUACCUGCAGUGGCUGAUCUUAAAGUCAUUCAGAAAAGUGGUCUCUUCAACAGGAGUGUCUUGUGUCAUCCAUGUCAAGGCUCUCAGUUCAUCCUGCUGGCUGCCACGUGGGUCACCUUGUGGAUUUUUCUUUUUGGACCCACAAAACGCGUAGGGACAUCCAUGCCUUAGACAUCUCCCCAAUUCACAAUGGCCCAGUGACCCUGGAAACGCCGAAGUGCAGCUCUGGGCACAGAAAGGGAUGUGUAGCCUCUGCUAAGAUGAAAGGAACAUAAGAGCUCCACACGUGCUUAGGGAGCACAGACGGAGCCCCGAGGUAGAGCCUUGGAAUUUAACUUGAAGAUGUAUUGGGCAACUAGUUUAUAAAAACUCCUUGUGGCUUUCAUGAUCCUAACGAAUAGAAAACAUUUGAUCCUUGCCUCUAAAACAAACUCACCCUUUGCGCCCGGCUCCCUAAUCUCUCACACCCCCUUUCUUAACAUCUGUAAAUAAACAGAGAAAAGGAACAUAUUUCCUGAAAAGUGGUGUUUUAAUGCUGAAUAUUUUUCAAAGGUUCUUGCUGCAUACUGAUUCCAUCCCUUCAUGCUUGAAGUGUCAAAAGAUAAAGAAAAAUAAGCCAAAUUAUAUUUUAACAUAUAAUGUCAAGCACUUUUUUUUAUUAAAAAGAAAUCAUUUCUGUGUGUUUAGGCACUGGAUUCUUUUACGUCGGUUUCAGUAGCAACUUAAUGUACGUGUGCAUAUGGUUUCAUAGCCCCAAAAAGUGUGUAAAAACUGGUUCUGGUGUUUGACCCAUUUGUCUCUGGUGACAGAAUUCUAUCAAAUAAAGUGCUUCCAUUUGAA